AUGAGGAAGCCUUUAGAGCUGGAGCAGCAUGAAAAAGGAGAAUGUGGUAAAGGUGGCGAUCACAGAACGGCCAAGAGCCAGCUUUGUGGAGCCAUUUCCAAGGAGGGUUUUGGGUCAGUGGAGAAGGUCGUGCUGCUCACAUUUCUCUCAGCGGUUAUCCUGAUGGCCAUCUUGGGGAACCUGCUGGUGAUGGUGGCUGUGUGCAGGGACAGGCAGCUCAGGAAGAUAAAAACCAAUUACUUCAUUGUAUCUCUCGCCUUUGUGGAUCUUCUGGUUUCGGUGCUGGUGAUGCCCUUUGGUGCCAUCGAGCUGGUUCAAGACAUCUGGGUUUAUGGGGAGAUGUUUUGCCUCGUCCGGACAUCUCUAGACGUCCUGCUCACGACGGCAUCGAUUUUUCACCUGUGCUGCAUUUCUCUGGAUAGGUAUUAUGCCAUCUGCUGUCAGCCUCUGGUCUAUAGGAACAAGAUGACCCCUCUGCGCAUCGCAUUAAUGCUGGGAGGCUGCUGGGUCAUCCCUAUGUUUAUCUCUUUUCUCCCUAUAAUGCAAGGCUGGAAUAAUAUUGGCAUAAUUGAUUUGAUAGAAAAAAGGAAGUUCAACCAGAACUCUAACUCUACGUACUGUAUCUUCAUGGUCAACAAGCCCUACGCCAUCACCUGCUCUGUGGUGGCCUUCUACAUCCCAUUUCUCCUCAUGGUGCUGGCCUAUUACCGCAUCUACGUCACAGCGAAGGAGCAUGCCCACCAGAUCCAGAUGUUACAACGGGCAGGAGCCUCCUCAGAAGGCAGGUCCCAGCCAGCCGACCAGCACAGCACUCAUCGCAUGAGGACAGAGACCAAAGCAGCCAAGACCCUGUGCAUCAUCAUGGGUUGCUUCUGCCUCUGCUGGGCUCCAUUCUUUGUCACCAAUAUCGUGGAUCCAUUCAUAGACUACACCGUUCCUGGACAGGUGUGGACCGCUUUCCUCUGGCUUGGUUACAUCAACUCUGGGUUGAAUCCCUUUCUCUACGCCUUCUUGAAUAAGUCUUUUAGACGUGCCUUCCUCAUCAUCCUCUGCUGUGAUGAUGAGCGCUACCGAAGACCCUCCAUUCUGGGCCAGACUGUCCCCUGUUCAACCACAACCAUUAAUGGAUCCACACAUGUGCUAAGGUACACAGUUCUGCACAGUGGACAUCACCAGGAACUUGAGAAACUGCCCAUACACAAUGACCCAGAAUCCUUGGAAUCAUGCUUCUGA